GAUCCGGUGGUGUCCAUCCUUCCGAUUCAUCUCUCGAAUAACCUUGCUCCCAAUGUCCACUUGCAUCAGUUUCCUCUCCUCAGCCGUCCAUUGCAGGUUCCGCCAUCUGCAACUUUGAGUGGAAAGCGCAUACGAGCACGCCUCAAACCAAACACAAAGCGACUGGAAAUCCACAUUCCAGUAGACACCCGACCGGAAGUUUGGAACGGCGAAAAAUCAACGGAGCUGGGGCUAGGCCGUCUGGAAGAUGAUAAAGAGAAGAACCAGGACGUAGGUCGGGUGAAGCUGAAGGAGGGUGAAGCACCUCGACUUUCUGAACUGCGCUUGCGGAGCGAGCAAAUUCCUCAUACAGGUGCUUAUAUGCUUGGUAUUGUCCGCGAUGGGCAAUUGCAUCUGCACCAGAUUGACGAAACCCAUCAAUUCAGACCGACCUUGACGUACCUUGAUGCAUUGGCCCGGUUGAGCAAGCGGCGAGGAGGGGCUGGUUUUGAUUCUGACUCCGACGACGGACCACCUCCUGAUCCAGAUGAGCCGGCUCAUGUAUCCGCACCAAAAAAGGAGAGAAACCCCGUGGUAGACGCUAAAGAUGUUCAAGUGUCAGCUCGUAAAAGCGAAGAUAAAGGGGGUCAGAAUCUUACGGGCGGUCUCUCUACUGUGCGCCGAGAAAUGCUUAUGGCUAUCCGUGCGGAGGAGGAUGAAGAGUGGCAGGAUUUUCAUUACCACGAUGGCGAGACUGCUGACUGUGAAGAGGCGUAUGAAGCCCUGUUCUCACAAAAUCAAGAAGACCUGGAUUGCAAGUCAAAAGUAAUUUCCUUUCUUAAGGAUAUUCAAGGGUUGUGA